CCCCAGCCAGCCAGGAUGCAUUCUUGCAAUGCUUGAGCUGUGUCAAGAAGAGGCAUUCCCUGUGCCAGAGGGGUGCGUGCCUCAGAGGGGCAGGACAAGACAAAGCACAGGCUCAGCGGGGUGGGAAGAGCAGGGUUUGGGGAGGAACAUCAAGGCCCUGGAGAAGAGAGUGUUGGUGGUGCAGGGAAAAGAUGGGAUGGGAAGAGCAGGAUUUGGGGAGGAAUGUCAGGUACUUGGGGAAGAGAAUGUUGGUGGUGCAGGGAAAAAGUGAGAUUGGAAGAGCAGGGUUUGGGAAAGAACAUGGAGACCCUGGAGAAGAUACCAUUGGUGGUGAAGGAAAAAAGUUGGGAUGGGAAGAGCAGGAUUUGGGGAGGAAUGUCAGGUCCUUGUUAAUGGUGCACAGAAAAGGUGCAAUGGGAAGAGCAGGGUUUGGGAAAGAACAUGGGGACCCUGGAGAAAAGAAUGUUGGUGGCAUGGGGAGAAGAUGGAGUGAGAAGAGCAGGGUUUGGGGAGGAAUGCCAGGUCCCUGGAGAAGACAAUGUUGGUGGUGCAGAGGAAAGGUGGAUUGGGAAGAGCAGGAUUUGGGGAGGAAUGUCAGGUCCUUGUUAAUGGUGCACAGAAAAGGUGCAAUGGGAAGAGCAGGGUUUGGGAAAGAACAUGGGGACCCUGGAGAAAAGAAUGUUGGUGGCAUGGGGAGAAGAUGGACUGAGAAGAGCAGGGUUUGGGGAGAAAUGUCAGGUCCCUGGAGAAGAGUCCUUUGGUGGUGCAGGGAAAGGUGGGAUGGGAAGAGCAGGAUUUGGGGAGGAAUAUCAAGGCCCUGGAGAAGAUAUCAUUGGUGGCACGGGGAGAAGGUGGGAUGGGAAGAGCAGGAUUUGGGGAGGAAUGUCAGGUACUUGGGGAAGAGAAUGUUGGUGGUGCAGGGAAAAAGUGAGAUUGGAAGAGCAGGGUUUGGGAAAGAACAUGGAGACCCUGGAGAAGAUACCAUUGGUGGUGAAGGAAAAAAGUUGGGAUGGGAAGAGCAAGAUUUGGGGAGGAAUGUCAGGUCCUUGUUAAUGGUGCACAGAAAAGGUGCAAUGGGAAGAGCAGGGUUUGGGAAAGAACAUGGGGACCCUGGAGAAAAGAAUGUUGGUGGCAUGGGGAGAAGAUGGACCAUUCAGGGAUUCUGUGACAGGUCAUUUAAGGCUCAGAUGGUUGAAGUCGUGUAUGGGGGAGAACAUCACCCUACAAAAGAUCCCCCUUUUGUUGGGUAA